AUGUCAGCCGAUUGCGCCAGGGGAGUGGAGCAGAUUAGACCCCGUGGGGAGUCUCAGGGCCUGGUCCGUGCCAUCUUGGCUUUCCGGCUUCCCAUUUAUGAUCUCAAGGCGUCCCAUGACUCGCGCAUCUCAGAGGUGGAUCAGCUGCCACAUCAGCUCCCAGCUAGCCCCAAGACCAUGACGGGCCCAAAGUCGGCUCGCUCGGCGCGGUCCAGCGCCAGUGCCAGCGGAUCUUUUGUGGCAGAUGAACAGCUCCACUUUCUGGCCCAGCUACAUCGAGGUUGCUUCAACGAGAUGCCCGUGUCACCGGCGGAACACAGUGAAGAGCUGCCGCCGGAAAUCACCGACAAGAGAGAGGUCUCCAAACUCGGCAGAUGGAAGUUUGAUGCAUAUGCCUUUGAGCGCCGGCAUGGCAAUACACUGUUACAUACUGGUUUCACGAUUGGAUCGGAACUACUGACAGAGGCCGGCAUCAGCAACUUCAAAGUUCCGCUGAGGGGUUUCCUACAAGACGUGCAGAAGCAGUACCAUCGGAUCCCCUACCACAACAGCAUCCACGCUGCUGACGUUUUAAGCUCAUGCACCUACUUCCUGCGCGAGGACCGGCGUGUGAGUCGCGCGCCCUUGGGCAACGUCUCGCGACUUGCGACCUUUGUGGCUGCAGUAAUUCACGAUGUUGGUCACUUUGGAAGGACCAACCGCUUUCACGUUGCCAGCCACGACCCCGUGGCGGUUCUUUACAACGAUCAAUCUCCACUGGAAAAUAUGCACUGCACCAUCGGCUUCAGCAUUCUACGACAGCCGCAUAGUUCGCUGUUCAAGAUCCCAAGCUCGACAGAGGACGAGUGCUCAGGCCUUCCCGAUGCAGAUUUCACUCUCCUCAGGCGCAUUGUCAUUGAGAGCGUCCUGGCCACCGAUAUGGCCAAACACUUCGAGACGUUAUCCAGGUUCAAGGCCGCCAUCAAUUACACGGAGUCGGAUGCCCUGGGUUCUGCGUUGGGACGCAUCGCGCAACAAAGGAAUCCCAAUGAGACGGCGAAGACGCUGGAGGCCCCGAUCUAUGCAGAAUCGGUGGCUGGGGAUCUCAGCUGGGGCGUCAUGGUAGCAGCCACUUGGAGCACCAAGGGCUACGUCGUCGGUUGGUCCACGAUUGCCAAUGAGACGCCUGCGCCGGAAGGAGUCGUGUGCAACACUUUGCCGGCCGUGGUGUAUGUGAGGAACACCAAGACCUUGUGUGCGGAGUUGUUACGUGGAGUCGGCGGCCUCCUCCUUGACAGGAAUGGUCGACGAUUUACCAACGAGCUAGGCACUCGACAGGCUGUGGUGAAUGCUGAGUUGAAAGCUGAUAAGGCGGGUUUAUCGCUACCGCAGCCUUCGCCACAUCGGGCCUUUGCUUUGGUGUUGAACAGCAAGGCUGCCAAGAUGGCCGAGCGCCAUGUGACCUUGUACUCCAAGAAGGGGCUCUUGACGAAGGUUGAGGGUGUGGAAGGCCUCGCUCAACACUUCGGCUAUGAGGUGGACAUUCUGAAGCAGAGCCUUCGAGAUUACAACGAUGCAGCGAAAAGCGGUAGCGACGUCUUUGGGCGAACCGUUUUUCCCGACUACACCAUUGAAGAGACGGAGGAUUUCUACGUCGGUGAGGUGGUGCCUGUGAUCCACUACACUAUGGGAGGGAUUGCCAUCAACGUAGAAGGUCAAGUGCUGGACAAAGACCAGAAAACCAUCCCUGGCCUCUACGCUAUUGGCGAGGCCAGUGGCGGUGUUCAUGGGGACAACCGAUUGGCUGGCAACUCGUUGUUGGAAUGCACAGUCUUCGGUCGCCACGUGGGAAUGGCUUUGCCCAUCCGCACAGGAAGCACUGCUUCUGGCGCUGCUUCUGGCGCCGUUUCGGCCGUUUCGUCUCCAGCUUCGGAGGAACUGCGCAAGAUCACCCAGGAGGAACUGUUGAAACACCGCGCAGACGGGGAUUUGUGGGUGGCCUUGUACGGGCAAGUCUACGAUAUGACGGAGUAUGUGUGGGAGCACCCAGGUGGCUCGCAGGCCAUCUUUGAUGUGGGAGGUCAGGAUGUAACGGUGACCUUUGAGGCAGUCCACAACAAGGAGCUCCUUGAGACCAUGGGUUUUCAGCCAGUUGGAGUUCUCGCAUAGUUGUGAUGUCAUGAGGGGAUUGUACAGUGUUUCCUGUCCCCUCGCCCACGUUGCAUAGCCAGUUGCCUCCAAAGCAGUGUGUCAAGGGACAAGUC